AUGACAUAUAUACUACAUACGAAAAAGAGGCAAAAUGAAAUAUAUAAAUUAGCCAAACAGCGAGAAUCUAGGAAUAUAAACGGAGCUCCGAAACCAAUAACAGAACAAGAAAUAAUCACAUGCCUCAAGCAUUUGAAAAACAUAAAAGCUAGGGGUCCAGAUGAUAUUAAAAUAGAAAGCCUUAAAGCUCUAGGAGAUGAUGGAAUGCCUUUUCUCACAAAUCUGUACAAUAAAAUACUGGGAAAAGAAGAGAUUCCUCAAAAAUGGAAGCAAAGCUACCUAGUUCCUAUCUUCAAAAAUAAAGGGGAUCCAAACAAUUGUCAAAAUUACAGGGGCACAAAUCUAAUGUUAAGAUACAUAAUCGAAAUAGGAGAGACUCAGUUUGGCUUUAUGCCUGGAAGAUCUACAACUGAUGCAAUCCACGCAAUUAGGCAAAUGAGCGAAAAAUACAGGGAAAAGAACAAAAAGCUACACACGGAUAUGUAUAUGAUUCAUACAACAAUAGUCCGUAGCACAACUGGUACUUCAUCAGGCUUCACAAUAGUCGAGGGCCAUCAAGAGUCGGCUCUCAGCCCACUACUCUUCAUAACAGUAAUAGAUGUAUUAUUACAGUCUAUACCGCAAACAGUCCUGUGGAAUAUGAUAUUUGCAGAUGAUAUUGUUAUACUUGCCGAAUCCAAGCAUGAAAUGAAAGAAAGUUAG